UUAUGCUCAUUUGCUCUCAUUGCCGCAGCGGAUGUCUCGCCUCCUCGUGAAUUAACAAAAGCGUUGAGAGGGUAUCCCAGCAUCGCCCUGUUGUCUCCCGGGGAAACGUCCCGGGUAAACAAGAGCGAAUCUCCGCGCAACCGGGCGCAGCAGCAGCAGCAGCCCUCGUGUUGUGAUUGCUGAAACUGGCGCGCGCGACACGUCCAUCCACCUCAGAGCAAGACAGAGCGGAUUUCUAUAAAGAAAAUCACUUACAUUGUGUCACCAUUUUAAGUCAAGUUUCUAAAUAGGUUAAAUGAACCUUGCAGUGGCUUAAAAUAUAUUUGUUUUUGAUUGACGAGCUCAAGGGGUGUGAUGGAUAGAAAAGAAAACAUGCGGCGCGCCACUUCGGCUGGGUACCGUUUACCGGACCGACCCAAUGGUCCUCUCGCCUCUCAGUCCUCGGUCUCAGUGUUCAGGCAUUCAGUGAGCAGGACACGGAACACCGGUGAGACACCGGCGCAAGACGAUGAUACCCGAGAUCCGGUAAAGCAAGACCAGGUUUGGAAAGAGUUUGUGCGCGCGGAGCGAACCGGUAUGAAAGAAUGGGAGAAGAACUGGAGUUUCCUGAUGAACUUUGACCAGCUGGGUCAUCAGCGUACAGAAACUCCUCUCCCCAGCUCUGUGUCUUUAUAUUCAGAUAGAGUCCCAAACACUAGUAACCAAAUGAUCGGCAGCGGCCUGUACACUGAGCUGGGCAAGGAGAUGAUUCGCCUGGACAACCUGCUAAUCUUGACAGCGAACCACCGCAAGGCCAAAAGGAAUCCAGAGAUGCAACCCUGCUGAGGUUUAACAUGCACAGGAUGUGUUAAAAACACUCUCUAGUGUAUUAGCAGAGAUUUGUUCUCUUAGAGACGUUCCCUUUGGAUCUUGCUUCUAUCUUUUAACUCGAGAGUGUUCAGUGGGUAACAGAUUGUUUUUUGGAUGUAUUUUUUUUCCUCUGGACAGCCCAAAUCCCCGCUGCCAAUCUGUGUAUGUGUGUGUGUGUCUUUGCUGUAUGUUUUGGCAGUGUAUUGAGAGCUUUUGUUUUUAUAUUAGAUCUUGUGUUGACAUUAAUACACAUCUUUCAGAGUACUGUAAUAUGCAGGUGGAGGCAGUAAAGAUGACCCUGUUUUUUUAGAAUAGACUAUUUGCAUAUUAAUUUUUUAAGAUGAACACAGGUACUCUUCAGCGUAUACAUGGAACAGAUUAGUUACAGAUUUGAAUUAAAACUAUUUUAUCAGAGCUCUCUGGUAUAUUUUUCUGUACUUGUUGAAAGGGUUCGUUUUUGAAAGAUUUGUUUGCAUCUUAAGUGAAAAGAGUGAUUAGAUGUGUUAGUUAAUUCUUCAAAGUUAAGUUUACAUAUAACCCUAGCCAAUUGAGACAUUUUAUCCAUGAAACAUUAGGAGGAAUAGAACUGGAAUAUUUUGCCAAGACCUAUUACAUUUAUAAUGUUUUUAAAAAGCUUGCCAAAUUAUAUCCCAAUAAAGUUUUUCUCCUUUUAAACAGA